AUGAUUGGCAAACUUUUGCAGCGGUUAUCGAAACAACAGUCUUCCUCUAACUAUUCCAGGCAGAAGAACUCUUUGGAGAAGGAGCUCGCGAGUUUUCUCUCUAGUUUAUCAUCCCCAAGCUUAGCUUUUCUGGUAUGGAAGGACCGUAAUGGUAAAACGCUCGUUCAUCUGCGUGAUUGUGUAUGGUUCGUGCACACCCAAGUUUACAGCACUCUUGUAGCUGUCCCAGCCACCUUGCUUUUGGAACAGUGGACGCCUUUGAUAGGGAAGUUGCGUUCCACUUUUGCCACGCAGGGUAAAGGGUUCCGACUGGCAGCCUCUUCUAGGGGUGGGUAG